AUGGAGAAUUCUAUUGUGAAUUCCAGCUCUGGAAACGUGCUAGUUAACGAUGCUGCCGUUUCAUGUGGUCAGAAAAAGGAACUCGCUUUUCAUGAUGUAAUCACUUUGGUAGAAGGACCACAAUGUAUUCACCUAACAUUCGGCCAAAAGCGAGGAACGGGCAUCAUGGAUAGAUCACGUCCAUGUCUCACAUGGGAAUCAAAAUCGUUUUUGUGUGUUCGAUAUCUUGAAGAGAAGAAACUUUUCACUAUUGGCAGUGACCGAGAUCCUCGUAGUGUAAGUUUUUGUUUCUACAACGAAGAAAGUGAGGCUGUGAAUGAGGCUACUUCGUCAACACAUCAGAUUCAGUCCACGGUAUCCUCUUCAAUACCUGAAUCAUCUGCAUCUAUAUCGCAAUCGAGACGUCGUUCAUCUUAUACCCCUAAAAAAUUGCAGAUGGGAGUUACUGUGAAUCAGCAGGUAGUUCGACAAGAACAGAAUGAGACAUUGUCGCUUAAUCAACUAGAAGCCAAUCUAACAUGUUGCGUUUGUCUGAAUAUAUUCUUCAAACCAGUCAAUAUUGAUCCAUGCAAUCAUAAGUGCUGCUAUUCGUGUGUGUUAUCGUGGCUUAGACAGACCGGCUUUUCUGGAAAAUGUCCUCAGUGUCGUACCACCAUCCUAUGCAUCAAGUUGGAUCCGGCACUGAAUAACAUCGUGGAGACGUUUUUGCACUUGAAGCCUACGUCAGAAGAACGGAAUAUUAACGAAUAUCAGCACCUGCUUCAGUAUUCGCUAACCGCUGAUGCGUUCCGAUCUCAACGUCGAGCGCCUUUCAGACAAUGGAUGCCAUAG